AUGAUGAUAAAUGAUUUAUUUUUAAGUAAAAAAUCUAUGUCAUUAGAAGAAAGAUUAGAUUAUCUACUAAAAAAUCUACAUUUAAUAUUUACCUUUAUAAUAGGUAUCUUCUUUAUAAAUACCCUUUUAUUUUUAUUGGGUAUAGGUAUUAUGAUUGACACUAGCACUUUACCAUUGUUCAUAUAUACUUUAUUAGCAAAAAUAACUAGUAUUAGAUUAUUAUUUAUAUUAUUCAUUAGUUCUGUCACUAAAGAGUUUAAAGCUGAAUAUUUAUCAAUAAGUGUAUUUACUGUAAUAGUUAUGGGAAUCUUAGCUGUAUUUAACUUUCAUUUUGUAUUACCUUAUUUAAAUAUAAUAGGAUCUUUUGUUUUAGAAAGAUUAGGGGCCACAUAUACUAAUACAUGUAAUUUUGCGGAUAGAACAGCUAUUAAAUUUAGUAACCAUAAAGGUUUAUUAGAAGGAAUAUAUAGGAUAGUUAAUGCAUUUCCUAUUUUUCAUAAAAUCCUUAAACUGUUUAAUACACUACAGGAGACUAAUACAAGUAACGUAUUAUCUACAUUUAGGGUAACUAAAAGUAACCCCUUUAAAUUCAUUCAUAAGGUUACUCCGUUAACUAAGUUAAGUAAAUUCAGUCCUAUUAAUAUUGCUGAAACUAUACCUAAUAAGCUCGAUUUAUACAUUAGCUAUAAAGGUAAUACUAAUUAUUUAACAGGUUUCGUUAGUUCUUUUGCAGCCAAUAUGUCUAAUUAUGUUUCAAAUUGUGCUAGUUUAACAUGUAAAGUCCAUUUAACUUUCCUAGGUGAAAAGUUUACGAUUCAUUCUGUAUUUGAGAAUGGUAAUCUACAAGAAUAUUCUUUCCAUAGAACUCCUGUUAAUCUAAAAAAUAAGAGUUAUUUUAAUAGUUUCUAUCCUAAUGGGAAAGAUAAAGUGAAGGAACUCUUAGCUUUAACAGAUCCAAGUAAAAUUGGUUCUAACUUACGGGUCUUUAUGCAAUCAAAUACCAGCCAUGAUAAUACUAUUUAUUCGCGUGAGAGUUCCACAGCAGAUUUAGUGGAGAAUAGAGGUAGAAAAAGGACAGAUAUGGAAAAUUCUAAUGUACAUAAAAAAAGAAAAACUGACUUGGAUAGUACUACAUUAGAUAGUUUAAAUAUUUCUUAUCCUAGUGAAUCAGAACUGAAUAAUAUAGACGAUAAUGAUUAUGAUCCUAAUGAAUCAGAACUGGAUAAUAUAGACGAUAAUGAUUAUGAUCCUAGUGAAUCAGAACUGAAUAACAUUGACGACAAUGAUUCUGGGCCCAUUAUUACAGAAUUGUAUAAUAUAGACGGUAAUUUCGAUCGCUAUGAAGUAUAUACUAAACUUACUCAGCUAAAGAAUUUAGAUGAUUGAAAUGCUAGAAAACCGAUCAAUAGUCUUUCUUUCACAUCUGAUAAUUUAAAAAAGGAGUUUUAUAUUUGAGCGUCAACCCUUCUGGAUGAAAAUCAUUCUUUAACAGACAAGACAAGAAUAAGACCGGGUAUGAUUACAAUUAAUAGUUUAUUAAGGAUUUUAUCUGUAGAUUUUCCGGAUUUACCCUUAAAGAAAGAUAUUAUCACAGAAAAUAACAAACUAGACGGUUACUUCGAUCGCAAUAAAGUAUGUAUUACAUUAGCUGAAAUAAUAAAAUCAGAUGAUUGGAAUAUAUCUAGUAAAAGAACGAUAAGUAGUCUUACUUUCAGACCUUAUUCUUUAAAGAAGGAGUUUUUUGACUGGGCGGUUGAAUUUAUUAAUAAAAAUUCUACUUUAAUGCAAUAUGAGAGAAAGAAUCCGGGUCAAAUUUCUAUUAAUAAGUUAUUUAACUUAUUACCGCCAGGUAUAGAUAGUAUAGAAGAUAUGAUCACCGAAGAUAUGAUUUCGGAACAAGAUAUAGUAAAUAAGGUUUUUGAUCCCUUAAGGGUAUGUAGUAAACUUAUAAAGAUAAAAAACGGGGGGAAUUGAAAUAUCCAUAAGAAAAUUUAUGCUGUACCUUGUGAUCCUAGACUAAAAAAUGCAUUUUAUUCUUGAGCGGCUGUUUUACUAGAGGUAGAGGGUACUAUUAAAGAUCCUGGUCAAAUUAGAAUUAUGAGUAUCUUAAAUCUAUUUCCUGAAUUUCUACUGGAACCUGCGUUAAAAGAAUGUUUAAUAACAGAAUUAGACAAAACAAAGGACAAUUCUUUUAAUUUUAAAACUAUUUAUGAUAAAGGUACAAAAAUGAAAAAUUUACACGGUAAAUAUAAGAUUAAUGAGAUUCCCUGUCAUAAAGAUGUAAAAAAGGAUUUUUAUGGCUGAGCUCUUAAAAUAGUAGAACCAGAAUAUGCUGGAUUAAAAAAAAACCCAGGGGAUAUAAGACUUAAUACUCUACUCGAGAAAAUAAAACCACAUGUACAAGAAGUAGACAAACGAGAUGAACCAGAUGACAAUUCUUUUGAUUUUGAUACUAUCUAUGAUCAUCUUAUAGAAAUGAAAACUUUACAUGGUAGUUGUUGUAUUAAUAAAACUCCUUAUGAAGGAAAAAUAAAAAAGGAUUUUUAUGGCUGAGCUCUUAAAAUAGUAGAACCAGAAUCUGAUGUCUACAAAAAACAUCCAGGGCAGAUUAGAGUUAAUACUCUACUGGAGAAAAUAAAACCACAUGUACAAGAAGUAGACAAUUCUUUUGAUUUUGAUACUAUCUAUGAUCAUCUUAUAGAAAUGAAAACUUUACAUGGUAGUUGUUGUAUUAAUAAAAUUCCUUAUGAAGGAAAAAUAAAAAAGGAUUUUUAUGGCUGAGCUUUUAAAAUAGUAGAACCAGAAUCUGAUCUCUACAAAAAACAUCCAGGGCAGAUUAGAGUUAAUACUCUACUGGAGAAGAUGAAAGCACGUAGAAAUUAG